AUGAUUGGCGCCUCAGAGCCCUCCGCGACCUCGAGGCUGUCUGCCUAUCUCUCCAGAUUAAAUCCUGUCCCAGCUUUCCCCGAAUAUACCGGCCCAUACAAGGUCGGCACCCUCGACGUCGAGAUUCCCGUCGACGAUCUGCCCUCUCCGUCCCCGCGACCCGACAAUGCCAGCGACAUCCCGACGGUGCUGUUCCGAGUCUUCUAUCCUGCAGUCGCCGAAUCCAAUGAGAAGCUCAUCAGCUGGCUGCCCGCGCCGCAAAGACAUUAUGUCUCUGCUUACACCAAGUUUAUGGGCGUUGGACACACCCUAGCCGAGCUCCUCUCAUUUCUACCUCGACAUCUUCACUACACCUCCAUUCCCGCUCACAAAAACGCCACUUUGGAAUCCACCAAUACCGACGACAAGCGAUGGCCAACCAUGAUCUUCUCCCAUGGCCUAGGAGGUAGCCGAAACUCGUAUUCAUACAUUGCCGGAUCGCUUGCUUCUCACGGAAUCGUCGUCAUCUGCCCCGAGCAUCGAGAUGGAAGCGCCGUUACCUCGUUUGUUCGUGUUCCUGGCCAGAACGGCCGCUUAGCCCGAAAGGUCGUCCCGUACAACCGAAUCUCCCAUGAGGUCACACCCGAAGUGUACGAGGCGAGAGAAGCGCAGCUUAGGAUUAGACUUUGGGAGAUGGGCUUGGUUCACGAGGCAGUUCUCGCCAUGGAUGCGGGCCGAGAGUUUACCAACCUCAAUCUCACCACCCCGAGCUUGAGCCAAUUCGUCGGCCGCCUGAAUGUCAACGAGCCUGGCAGCAUCAUCUUUGCGGGUCACAGCUUCGGUUCCACCACCAUGUACCAGUUUCUCAAGAGCACCUACUACGCCGAUGUUGCAGAGGUUGCAGCCAUGGAAUCGCCAUUGUUCAAACCCGCCAAGGACAGCAGCAUUCGGAAGCAGGUGACGGAGAAGAACGCCACUAUGCUCCUGGAUAUGUGGUGUCUGCCUCUGCUGGCCCCCAACUCGACUCCUCUGUUCAACCUACCGCUUCCCGUAUACGCCGAUGUCCCCUCAGCACCGGGAGGAACUGCGCUACUAGCUGUUGAAUCGGAAGCCUUUUUCAAGUGGCCUGAGCAUCUUCAUGUCACGGCACGGUUAUUGUCUCCCGACCCUACGGCCAAGGUUGUCACCCCGGCCAUCUAUGAGCGGCCUAGUGCUCAUCUGAGUCAGUCUGAUUUUGGCAUUCUAUUCCCACUCUUGACGAGGAAGAUCUUCAACGCCGUCGAGCCCGAGCGUGCACUUCGCCUAAACCUACGUGCGCAACUGCAGUUUUUCCGAGCAAACAACAUUCCUGUCGCGCGAACUUGGAUUGGAGAUCUCGUCGACGGUUCCCACAUGGACAAGCUGGACUUGGCAAAGAAGGAUGGCUCUAGCUCUGAUGUGGCUGUCGAUGGCCUCAACGACGACAAGGCCAUUUUCGAUAGGAGCGGACACGACGUCAUCGACCACUGGAACUGGAUUGAUACCAUUGGCCUAGGAGAGCCAGAUGAACAAAAGAGCGGUCAAUCGACGACGGAGCAGAUUGAGCAGAGUGAAGAGCAAAUGAAGGGCGAGCUGGAGCCCAGCGAACAACCCACUCAACCAGCCACUAUGAAAGGCGUCCCUCUGCCCCAAGGCCACGGCUGGCAGGAGAUUUAA